AUGAUUACCAAAUCCGAAGUCUUCGAUGAUAGCGAGUCCACUACUAACGUACCACCCCCAUACGACAAUAUUUCUACAUCUGCAUCAGCAGCAGCAGAUUCCGUCAAAUGCACUGGCAAACGAUCAUCAUCUGUAUUCUCCUUUCUACGAAUCAAUCAGAAACGGAAAACUGUUUUAUCUCGCCUCCGUGAUAUCAUCUCCGCUCCCGAUGUCGACCCUUCCUCUGUCGCCUCAACUGUCAACUCCUGUGCUGCUAUUCUUCCAGCUUGGGAGUUCUCUGAUCUCUUGCAAAAACCCAACAUCGAGAGUCACUCGGCUUUGUAUUGGGAAAUCGUGAAUUACCGGCGAGAAGCCUUUUUGGCGUUUCUUGGAUUCAUUUCUCGUUUCUGGUCUUUUCGAGAUCUUCCGACUUGUGUCUCGCAUGACGUUUCAUUAAUCGUAGCCAAGACGCUUUUUGCAUUGACCGCCGGAUGA